UAGACAAAUGUUGUAAUUAUAAUAUGUCAUCAUACAGAUUAUUUUAGUAACGUUUAAUAUAACAAAUAUUGUCCAUUUCUCUUAAAAAAACAAAACGAUUGUUAUGCAUCUCAUCACACCUCGCCUUCUUCAAGCUGUUCAUCUAUAAAUUUUUAUUUUUAUUUUUAUAGUUUUCAAAUUAAAUCUCAUGAAUCUACUUCCUUCUAAAGGCAUCCUCCAGACAGAUGAUCUUAAAGAGUACAUAUAUAAAACUAGCGUAUAUCCUAGAGAGCAUGAGCAACUCAAGAAUUUACGAGAAGCUACUGUCAACAAAUUUGGAUACAGGAGUGUACAAGCUGUGCCAGUUGAUGAGGGGCAAUUUUUGACAAUGCUAAUGAAAAUAAUGAAUCCGAAGAAAACAUUGGAGAUCGGAGUUUUUACCGGAUACUCUCUCUUAGCAACCGCACUUGGGUUGGCUGAUGAUGCUCAGGUAACAGCAAUAGAUAUAAAUCAAGAUGCUUAUGAAGUCGGAUUACAAUUCAUUCGAAAGGCAGGCGUAGAGCACAAAAUCAAUUUCAUCAACUCAAAUGCCGAAUCUGUUCUAACCAAAAUGUUGGACAACAAUUCGGGUGCGGAAAAUAUUGAUUUUGCAUUCGUAGAUGCUGAGAAACACAAAUAUAAGGAGUAUCAUGAACAAUUGCUGAAACUGGUCAAGGUUGGAGGAAUCAUUGCUUAUGAUAAUACCUUAUGGUUUGGGUUUGUUGCUCAACAAGAAAAUGAUGUUCCAGAGCCUGUCAGGAUUGCAAGAAAGGCCAUAAUAGAACUUAAUGAAUUUCUAGCUAACGAUUCUCGCAUUGAGAUUUCUCAAAUUUCUAUCGGAGAUGGUCUCACCUUAUGCCGUCGUCUUUGAUGGGAUUUUAAUCGCCUAUAAAUUAUCAUUUUAAUUAUUUGUAUGAUUUCUAGCAGAAUUAUUUUCAGCUAUUUGUGAUGUUUGUUUCCCUUUUUUACCUUAUGAAUUAAGUAUAAUGAAAUAAGAGCAUCUCUACUAGAUUAAUUCUGUAAAAUAGUCAAAAAAAAAUGUCAAAUUACUUUUUAAAUCUGGGAUGGGAGGAGAAGGGAGGAAAAAGGGGUAACGGUGGCCGCCUCCUGUCCCACUCACA